AGUUUUUUGUACUCUUGCACUGCAAGAAAACAAAAAAACAUCAACCGUUCAGGUCCGCUUUACUUUGAAAUUUGAUCAUUUUUUGGUGAAUCCUUCCAAGUUCAGUCCCGUGUCUUGUCUUCUAAAGAACUAUUCAUUCCAUACACCUCUUUUCUCUCAAACGUUGACUCCGUCUUUUGGUGAUAAAACUUGUUUGCUUCUUGUCAUGUUUUGAUGAAAGAUUCAAUUUUAUAAAGAAUUUCUCUUCUUUUUUGCUUGCUCUGGUUGAGGCCACAGGCUUUCUUUGUUAGAUCUGUGAGAGAAAGAAGUAACAUGUCUGGAAAAGUAUAUCAUGAUUGUCCCAACGCAGGCAAUCCCUACCAUGAGUGCAAUUAUCGAUGUUUGGAGAGGAUCAACUCUCGAGAUGUCCCCAAGAAGGAGAAGAAGCCGUUUGGCUUUGGUAAGCCAGCUUGGAGAAAGGACAGUCCUCCUAUCAGUCCGGUUCGUGUUGUUGCGGAAAAUAGAUGGCCACUUCCUAGCUAUUACGCUAAGAGGAUGGUUGAAUCAGAUGAGUCUCCCUCAUUCUCAUCCUCUGAUGACACCUUCAACGCAAACCUUCUGUCCAGGCCGCCUUCUCCUCUACAUGGAAACAAACCUGAAUCAGUCAUAAAUUGGCUCCCAAUGUCACCUUCUCUAUCUGUGUAUUGGAAGAAAGAUUCUUUCGCAUCAAAUUUUGAUCACCGUGCGCUCAUUCAUAAUGGUCUAGACAAUGAAAUGACACCUAGGACUAGGCCUAAAGCACCUGAGCAUCCUCUUAGGACACAUCAGCACAUGCCUUGCACCCCUGAUUCUAGGCCUAGGACACCUGAGCGAAGGUCUAGCACCACUGAUAAUAGCACUGCACUAGAAAAUAGACCUAGAACGCCUGAACACCGGUCCAACAUCAAUGAUAAUGGACCAAGGACACCUGAACAUGCGCGUGUUUCUCUGGGACCUAGGCCAAAGACUGCAGAACGUAGAGCGAGGUCACCAGAACACAGGGAGAGAUCCUCAAGACAGCGGUCUAAGACUCCAGAGCCUCAAGGAAAGUACCUUGAACCUAGGAUCCCACAAACUCAGCCGAUAUCGCAUAGUACUGGCCUCCUCAAGUCGUCACCUGAGACGCCAGAAACUAGGCCAAAGGCUGAAGAAUACAGGGCAAGAAACUCAAGACCAGGGUCAAGGAUCCCCCAAACUCAACCAACAUCCUUUAUCGAAUGCAAGAGCUUAGCAGGGGAGGAAACGCAGUCAAAGAUGUCUGAGUCGUACGUCUCUGUAGGGAGCUAUAAGGUCAGAGCGAGCGUCUCGGACACUCUGCAGCAAAUCUUGGACAAGCAUGGAGACAUAGCCUCCGGUUCAAAGCUCGAGUCGCUUCCCACGAGAUCUUACUUUCUAGAAACACUAGCCUCAGUGGUUAACCAACUCCAAUCAACGCCUCUGAAGCAACUAAAGGAGACUCACAUCUUGGAAAUGCUAGCGGUCGUUGAAGACGUGGAGUCUGUCAAAAUCAGAGCCGGUUGGCUAAGGGAGGCUUUAAACGAGAUUCUUGAAGCGGCCAGAUGCUAUGAUCGACAUAACAAGACGGCGGUGGAGAAAGGGAUGUGUGAGAGGGAGGCUUUGCUUGGGAGACAAGAGAUGGAGAAGAUACUGAAAGAGGUGAGAUGGAAGGAGAAUGAGGUGAAGAGUUUCCGUCAAGGGUUGAUGGAGACGGCAGGGCGUUUGGGAGAUUUGGAGAUGAAGAGAGCAGGGUUGGAGAAAAGGUUGGCGUUUCUUAGCUCCAAGGUGGACAAGUUUGAUGGAGAAUCUGUGUUGGAGAAGCUCUUCUGAUCAAUCAUUGUCUUGUUUUUGGCGAUUAUUUAUUGAAAACAUAAACACUACAUUAAAUGCAUCUGCUAAAAUAGUUAAAAGGGUCUUUCAUAUUA